AAGAAAUCCCCAAAUCUAUGAAAAGGGUUUUAGCAUAAACCCUAGAAAUCGUAGAUUCAUUCCUAAGCUUCUUCUGCAACUCAAAUCAAAAUGGUAUUUCCUAUUUCUCCAUUGAUUCAUAAUUUUUCCUGAUUGAUUUUCCAUUGCAUUUUUGUCGAAUAUAAUUUUGAGAGAUAUCGAUUCUUGUUUUUCCCCCUUCUGAUCAGAUACUUAUCAGAAUCCGAAUGCCUAAUUCAACGAGGAAGAAAGUACACAAAGACAUGCUCAGUGAUUUACCCGAAUGCAUUAUCCUUCACAUACUCUCUUCUUUGAAUACCAAAGAUGCCGUUAGAACAUGUAUUUUAUCCUCAAGAUGGAAGGAUCUCUGGAAACGUCUCCCUGCUCUUAGUUUCGAUUAUCGAGACUUUCGAACUGGUGAUAUAUUCAACGAAUUUGUGUUUAAGGCUUUAUCUCUUCGCGAUUCUUCUAUCUCACUGCAUACUCUCGACUUUGAUAAUAGAAUUUGUCGCCUGGAGCCUCGCUUACUUAGAUUUGUUGUGGAUUCCACUAUUUUACACAAUGUUCAACGGUUCGGACUCAGUGCAGCUAGUGGCACUGCACAAAUUCCUCCCGAAUUAUUUUCAUUGAAGACUUUAACACAUCUCUCCCUUGCUAUUUCCAAUUCCAAGCGCGACUUUGAGCACAUUUCUCUCAAUUUGCCAUCAUUAACAUAUCUUAAGCUUUCUAUUCAUCAUGCUAUGGAAACCCCGUUUCCAAACUCUCUCUGUUUGCCAACAUUAUCUACCUUGGAACUAGACAAUGUUACAUUUUAUGUUGGCAAUAAUGGUUGCGCUGAACCAUUUUCGACCUUUAGUAAGUUGAUAAGUUUGUCCAUUUCUGAAUGCACUGUGAAAGGUGCAGGAACCCUCUGCAUAUCAAGCGCGAGUCUUGUCAAUUUUAGUAUGUACAUUGAGUCAGACGAAGACGACUAUUAUAAAAUUGUUCUUUGCACUCCGGGUCUUCGUACAUUUGCUUUUAGUGGAUACCCUUAUCAGGAUAUAUCUUGGAGCAAUGUUUCUUCUCUUGAACAUGUAGAUAUUGACGCGGAAGUAUUUCUAAGUAGUUGUGGGCCUCCUUUCUUUCUGUUCAAGUGGCUCUUAGAGUUUGUGAAUAUAAAAUCGCUGACAGUCACUGCAUCUACUCUCCAGGCUCUCUCCUUAAUUCCUGGACUGUUGGAGUUUAAGAUUCCUUCCUUGGAUAAAUUGAAGUCAUUGAGAGUAAGAAUUGACGAAAUUCAAUAUGGACUCCGCAUGGCGUUAUGCGAGGACAAGUUGAUGAACAUCAAGUCAAUGGAAGAAGCUGCCAGGAUAAAGAAAGCAUUUGAUUUAGGAUUGCAACCGUCUCCGCUCGUACCUGAUGGUGUUGUGGACUUCUUGCUUCAAAAUUCACCCUCGGCUGAAGUUGACUUUGUUGAUGGCAGAAAAAAGAAACCUCUUAAGAAGAGAAAUUUACAAUUGGAAUCUGCACUGCGUGGUUGUUAUAAUCCUUCGGAGUUCAGAUACAAUACAAGUAUGUGAUCCAUUAUGCGUCUGUUUGGUAAAGCGGUGGUAUACCGCUACUGCGCGUCCCAAGCCACUUGUACCACGAUUUUGAGAAGCUACAAGUUGCAGCUUUUGUGCACUUGCGGUGAUACCGCGACUUCUUUCAAAAGCCAAACAUAGGCUAUGUCAAGGGUUAUACUUAUAGACAAUAGAAGCAGGGAGUUGUUAUGAAUGUUUGGAAAGUUGGCAGUAGCUCUGCUGUUCAGGUGUAACAAUAUUUAGUCUGCAAUACUAAAUACCAGUUGAAGUGCCCAAUACUUUUUAUGUAUGUUUGUUAUUUGUCAAUGUUUGUGGGCUGUUCAUUGAGAUCAAAGCCAUUAGUAUGUUUAUGUUAUUUGAUGAUCUUCUCUGAGAUUGUGAGUUUUGAGAUAAAACUUGGAA